GAUGGUGGAUGGGGAUUUCGUUGUGUACUUCUUGUUGUCCUGCCAUUGAGCUGGCUCGAGCUCCGCCUGCAGCCUAGCCGAUGUUUGAGAAACUUGUAACUUCCAUAUAGCCAUGACCGCCAGGAGCAAACGCUUGAAAUUCCUGGGGCUCCUUCACCUCAUCAUUUGGUCCGACCACGGCGUCUCGGCCAUCCGUGAUGCGCACGUGAAGACUGGUCUAUCGGGCAGUCUCUCCCCCGAGGAGUCCCUGAGCAUUGACGAGGAUUUGGAGUUGGAUGACGCACAGCUGGAGGGCGAGGAUCUGCUGGAUGAGCCGAGUGGAUUGGACUUCAACGUUCGUGCUGGGUCUCUACUGGAGACGGGCAUUGCAGGUGCCGCGCUCAGCCUGGAAGCCGCCACUGCCACGGCGGCCCAGCAGGCCGCACGAGCGCAGAUGCAAUUGGCCAUGGGGCGAUUGAUGGAGAACACCGAGGAGAUUACCCAGCUUUUGAACAACGAUGCCACGGAGCUGGUGCAGUUGCUGGAAGAAACAGAGGAGACGACCAAUGACUAUGAGCGCACUCCCAAGGACCAGCAGGUCAUCGACAAGGCCCUGAAGGUCUCGAAGAAGAUGGUCGAUGUAUUGGGCAAGGCCAAGUCCAACGAUGCGGCCAUCAAGGCACAUCUCAGACAGACCGGCGAUCCGCUGGUCUACGACGAUGGGAGCACUCAAGUGGACAAUGCGACGGAUCCCGGGAAGCAGGUUGGAGAGCUGGCGGAAGGUGUGGCGAAGCUGGCGAAGAGGCGUGGCGAUAAGAAGACCUUGAAGAAGGCUGAAAGUCGCGUGUUGCAGCACAUGCAAACGGUCCAGAGAAUGGUCGAUGGAGCUCAGGAGGUCAAUGAGAUUCCAGGCGACGCCCGGGAGAUCCUGGACGAUGCGCCGGAGGACGAGGCGUCCCAGCUGUUGGACGAUGUGCAGAUGGCCUCCGCCGAAGGUCCGGAGGACGAAGUGGAUGCGGCGGAGAGUUGGGAGGUGGAUGAGUUGGAUGUGGAGAAGAUGGACGGUUUCACUCGAGCCAAGCUGUGUGAGACCUUGCCCAGCUUGGAUUGCGACGCCUGCGGGCAGAACGCCAGCAGCCUCGACGAGUAUCAGGGAUGUGUGGCACAGGAGAUCAUGGUCUAUCAGAAGGAGCGCAAGCAGAAGGACCUGCGGAGCAUGUACGGCAAGCAGUUGGACCAGACAGUCGAAAACAGAAAGAAGGUCAAGCACCUCAAGCGUGGAGCCCUCUUGGCGGCGCACGAUGCCCUUCAGAUUUGGGGCGUGCACCGCAACUGGGCGCGUUGGACCUCUGAUCCCACGUGGCCUUUGGAAGCCUUGAAAGGCGAACCCGCGAAGGCGGGCUGGGAUGCCUUUACGACCGAUUCCCAGGCCAUCGUGACGUCUCACAUCAACGACUUCCAGACCGAAGCCGUCUCCAUCGCACAGGAGGAGGGGAUGGCCUCCGCCGACACCAUCUACCAGGGCCACCUGGCGGAGCACGUGGACGCGGCGCAGGAGCUGCAGACGGGUGCAGAAGAGCUCAUGGCGCAAGGAGCCGAGAUGCAAGAGUCGGCCACUGGGAUGAUCGGAGACGUCCAAGGCAGUAUGGCAGAGGCCCAGGCCAUCCAGGCCGAUUCCAUGGCACUGCAGGCGGAGAUGCAGCAGACCAGCGCUGCUUUGCAGGUCGAGGUGGAAAACUGCCAGCAGCCCGUGAACCCUCUCACGGGAGCCUCCUCUUGCGAUCCAGCGGAGAUCCAGCGCCUGACCACCGAAAUGGAUGGCCACCGGGCCGAAGCCCAGGAGAUCUCCGACCGCGCCUCGGCGCUGGGCGAGGAUAUGCAGGUGCACUCCGAGGAGGCUCAGCAGAUGGCGGCUGACGCGGAGGCCAUGGCGGCCGAUGCGGAGACCUUGAAGAACGACGCGCUGCAGUUGAAAGACGCUGCUUUGGAGGAGCUCACCGCGGACGAGACGUUGCAGGCAGUGCUGGAGGAGCUCAUCGACUGCGCCAAGCGCAUCGCCAACCGAAUCCUCGAUUUGGCCGCCGAGACCAUCAAGUCCAUGAUGAGGCAGAUCCUUGCAUUGGUGCCUGACCUCUUCUUCGCUUGCUUGGAGGCGGCGCUGGACAUCAUCACCGGCUUCGGCUGGAUCAUCACCGCUGCACGCCUCAGUUACAAGCUGGCCAAGUUCGCGCGGAGGAAAUGGCGAGAAUGGAAAGACUCCAAGAAGCAACAGCUGUGCGGGAAGGAGCCUCAGCUAGAUUGCUGCGUGAAUAACGUGAUGUCCUGGUACGAUCAGCAGGUGAAGGCCCAGCGUGUCACGGAGGCCGAGUUUCGCGCCGACACGCAGUCCUUCCUGGCCAAGGCCCAGCGAUAUCCGGAUCAAUGCACGCCUUGGGUCGUGACGAUGUUUUCCGACGCCACGGACAACGAGACCUUGAAGGUUCUGAUCGCGCGUGAAGCGGAAGCGACGCCGCCCAGCAUUUACACGACACCAGCCAGGCUCUACGGCCUUUUCGGCAAGGGCUUCCUGAGGCGGAAAUUCCCCGUGCGCCUGGUCGUGUCCCGCUCCAGCUUCCUGGUGGAAUUCCCCAAGAAGAAGCGCCAGAAGCGGCAGCGGGUCCUCCGCUUCAACGCGCUGUGUGAGGAUUUUAUGCCCAGUGCAAGCGGCCAGCGAGACACCAAAGGACUGCGCGUGCUGAAGACGAAGAAGAAGGUCCCCAUGGGAGUGGUCUUCCGCUUUGGCAAGGGCGUCCUGGGUCAAAGGACCUUCGACCUCGAUGGGUCGAAUCCCUGCGCCGUGGCACACGCCAUGUGCCGUGCUGCUUGCUAUCGCCCUGAGAAGUGUGACGACUACAUCGACCCCGAGGGCUAUAUAGGGCUGGACAGCCAUGCAGCACGGUCAAACGAGAAGAACUUGCUGCCGCUGUGUGCGCCGGUGGCGGGCCUGGCACGUGCCAAUGGGGUGAAGGAGAGCGCCGUGAAGAAAGAGACGCAGCUGGGGCCCACGGCCUUGCGGCCCUUUGUGUGGCAACACAUGUUCAAAGAAGGCAAGGCCCAGGCCAUGUCCCGCACGGAAGCCUUGGCCUAUGCGGCGUCCGUGUGUGACCAGCAUGUGAUUCCCUUUUGGUCUUGUGGGAGCGAAGAAUGUUCCCUGUGUCAAGGGGUGGCCUCCUUCUAUUUUUCUUCGCAGAACCCUGACGACUGGUGUCGGUCCUUCAAGUUGCCGGACAGCGAGAACGUCUCCGAGUCCUACGCGCGCGAUUUGGGCCGCCACUUCAAGUGCAACUACUUGGCAGGAUACCUCAGCAGCACGGAUGACCAGCGGCGGCUGUCGGGACGGGAGUCCACCAUGCAGGAGGUGUGCAAUGCACGGACCAUGUGCUCGGAGCAGACCAACUUGCUGCCCCAGCUGGACAUGCGCCCGGGCCUUCAGAAAGGCACCGAUGCCUACGCCGACUCCCAGUGCCGCAUGUGCCUGGAGUUCGUGCAGCGCGCGGCGGCGGGCCUGCGGCCGAAGAACUUCUGCAAGGCCAUCCCCAGAAUGUAUCAACAGCAGAAGAUCUUUUGUGAGGGCACUUUGGAAGAGAUGAUGGAGGCUCUACCUGCCAUCAAGGAUGCGCAGGAUAGGUGGCGAUUACAUCGGUGGAUCUACAACUGGAAGAGCAAGCUCACUGGCAGUGCCUGCGACCGCUACUGCCGUGGUUGGGUCCAGCGAAAGCCUUCCUCACGCGAGACGCUGCAGAAUCCUUCGCCGCUCUUGUUGGCCGGCGAAGAUACCUUGCCAGCGCCUCCGGGGAAGGUGCUCGAGACUUGGCAGAGCGAAGCUGCCAAAGGACUGGCACAGUCGCCGUGGCUGCAGCGCGCUUUGAAGAGCGUCCAAAUGCGGCUGCCGCUCAGCGCUGUCUCUGGCCCACAGGUGGUCAUGUGGAAGCUUGAGGAUCGCAUUCAGGGCUCCAUCAGUGGCUGGGAGGCCUUGUUGAAAGAGCUGGCCUGGGAUGGAAGCUUCACCCAGAAGAGGAUUUGGCCCAGGACCAGUACACAGGGCCUGAUGUCCAAGAAGGUCCGGGAGGCGGUGUUCUUGAUGCUCAAGGAAGCCACCUUGCUGAGGAGCCACAUGGGCUUCAUCCAAGACAUCUUGGAUACCAAGCUCAACCAGCGCGUGGCAAGGCUGACGGCGGAGGAUUUGAUCCGACGGGUGGAUUUGCUCAUGGAGAACUUCGACGCCAUGAGUCAGGUCAUGACGAGCAUCAAUCCUACGAAGGCGCCCUCGAAGCUCCGCCGGGCGCUGCGGCGCAAAGCGCGAGAUCGGGAGACGGUGGUGAAGUGCUACGCCGUGGCCGUGGAACGCCAUGAGACCUAUAGUCCCAUCAUGGACGAGCUGAGCAAAGCAUUGAAAGCCGCUACUGACAAGCUGGUGGAGGCUCGUCAGCGGGGUGUCAAGUACUCCCCGAAAGACACAGGCCUACUGGACGUCUUGACCAAGUUCUACUUGGUCCUUCCCAAGGAGGAGCAGACACGCUUCACCCGGCUGAAGCAGUGGCUGAAUCCCUUCAAUCUCUUCCGAACUCGGCUGAAGAUCGACAAAUUGGUGAAGGCAGAUGCGAAAGAUUGCUCCUUCCGGAAGGUACGCCAAAUGACCAAGAGCGGCCUAUGGAAGGAAUUUCAGACGUGCUGCACCGAGCGCACGAAACAAGUCUUGGGCUGGGAAACCAACAUCCGCAUCGUCAACACGCAGAUCAGCAAGAUUUUGGAGAUGAUCGGCUACGUGAAGGGCAACUUCGUGACACGGAACAUCCGAAAGGCUUUCAGAUAUACCAGGAAAGUGCUACUCGGCAUUGAGCAACGAAGGAGUGUGUGGAUCGAGGAGGAGGCAGCUGACAUGCUCCUAGGCACGUGGAAAGAUUUCCAGAAGUCUUUGGAUGACGGCCGGGCAAUGCACCAGAAGCGCGCUAGCAACUUCCGGCAGCUUACUGAGGAGAUGUACACCUCCGUAGGAGACCGAGGUGUUCGUCGUGGACUCUUCAGGGAAUUGAGGUUUGAUGUGGUGAAGCGCAAUGCCCUGAAAGAACUCCAGAACGGGAAAGAGGAAUUUCAGAAGAUACGAGACCUGCUGUCAAAGCUUGCAGGGCGCUUGGCUUUGCAGGAGGAUCGCUUUCCGGAGCUGACCCAGGAGGGCGACCAGCAGAGACCCACGGCCACCUUCGUUCUGGUGACGAAGGGUUUCUGCGAAGACCAGCCCAAGCGCCGCAAAGCCUCCAAAUGGGAAUGCGAGCGCGAAGCCUCCUUGAAGCUCCAACUCUCCUACCAGACCCGCAGCUUCUUCCUCCGGUCAUCGGCACCGGUAGGCUGCUUGGCCUUUGGCAAGGGCACUUCCAAGUCCUACUUCCGCGACAAGCCCAAAGGUGGCCCUUGCGGCAGGCGGGGCGUCCAAUGUGUUUGCGCCAUCGACAGCUGAGCCAUCCGGCAGCUCAGCAGCGAAGCAGCGUUUUCACGUGGGGCUGCAGAGGGAGCAAUCCCAGCAUGGCCAUCAUCCAAGAGAUCC